AUGAAUGAUUAUCCAUCAUGGAAAAAUCGUUUUCAUACAUAUGUUCUAGGGCAAAACACCGAAUUGUGGACAUGCUUUAUCACACCGUACAAUGAAGCUCUCGAAGAAGCAGGUUCCAAUGCACAAGCUUUGGCGGCAUUGAGCAAGAAUGAUAAGAAGGCUUACGAUCUCGAGAAGAAAGCAUUUGCUAUCCUUACGCAAGCACUUCAUAAGGAUAUCUAUCAUCAAUUUGCACAUUGUACAAGUACAAAGAACUUGUGGGACGUCUUGGAAGCGAGAGGAAAAGGAAAUGCUACAACGAGAAAGAUUCAUCAUGAUUUAUUGAAGAAGGGGUUCGAAGCAUUUCGGUUCAUGGAAAAUGAAACACUCUACCAGAUGGCUGCUCGGAAUUAUCACUUAAUUAGUGAGAUGCACUCAUACAAGGUUCAGGCUACACAACAAGAAAUGGUUAUGCGUUUUGCUGAGGCUUUGCCACCUAAGUGGAGUCAGUUCAUCGACUUGUUGAAACAUACUGGUGUUUUGGAUACGGUUAGCAUUUAUGAAUUCGUCCAAAAGCUCGAGAACAAGGAUGAAGAAGAAAUUCGAAAGGCUAAACAACUUCCAGUUCCACAAAAUCCCGAGAUAUACUAUGGAGGUGAAGACUAUCAGCAAAUAGACAGGGAGGAAAUAGAAUUGAUGGAUAUUAAGUGGGCGUUUGCAAGUGCAGUGAGAAGAGCUAAGGACUACAUGAGGAGAACGGGUAGAACAAGUUUGGAAAGCAAGAGGGAUACUAAGUACUGUUUUGAUAAGGAUGCAGUUACGUGCUUCAAUUGUGGGGAGAAGGGCCAUUUCAAACGGGAAUAUGAUGAUAGUUCUGGUUACAACGAUAGCUCGAAUAAGGAAAGCUCCAAUGCGGGUGGUUAUGGUUCAGUUACGGAAGUAAAGGAAAAUCUCGAUGCUAAGGUUGAUUGUCUGCUGAAGGAAGCUGAGGAAUUGAAAGAAGCCGAGGAGUUGAAAAACCAGAAAUCUGUGCUGAUAAAGAAAGUUGAAGUUGCAUCAAAGGAAAUGGAGGAGUUCUUCACCAAGGAUGGAUUUUCUUCUUAUCAAACUGCCUUUAUGGCAAAUGUUGCAGCCUCGACUAGUUAG